GCGGAGGCGGAGUUACCGCCUCAUCAGGAAAUUCAUUGUAUAGUCUCAUAGUCUGUGGUUCGGUUGGGUUAACGAUGUAAACAAAAGUAGUUAGUCCCACUGAAACUAGCUAAUGUUAGCUGCUACGGUUAGCUAACAAUGUUAGAAACGUUAAUGACAUGCUUACUGCACUUAGGCUUAGCGACAAUCCAAAAUGGAGGCUUCUUUGGGAUCUCUGCAGAAUCCUGACCUAAGCUCUGUCCUGUCAUCAUGUGAGCCAGAGCUUCAGGAGCUGAUGAGACAGAUUGACAUUAUGAUCAAUCGACAGAAGAGGGAGUGGGAGGCUGAGAUUCAGGCCAUGGAGCUCAGGCUGAAAAGUGGGGAAGAAGAGCUGUUGACUUCCAGGGAUCUCAUUGAACGGAGGAACUUGGAGAUCGGAUUGCUCCGCAAGCAGCUAGAAGAAGUCCAGCCCGGUCGACAAGAGUUAGUUACCAAGUAUGAGCAGCAACUGCAGAAAGUCCGAGAAGAGUUAGAUAAAUUAAAGAGAAGUUAUCUCAAGCUUCAGCGCAAACAGCUCAAGGAGACCAAUGGAGUAGCAAAUACCAAAGAGGCAGACGGUUCAGAGGUGACCCGACUCAAUCAAAAGAUUGAGGAAUAUCACCAGCACUCUGUAGAGUGGGAGCAGCAGCGUAUCCAGUACCAAAAACAAGUGACAGCGCUGGAGACCCAAAAUAAGAGCCUGACUGAUGAGCUCACACACGUGAAAUCCCAGUGGGCGUUGUGCCAAAAGGAGAAGGGUUUUGAGAUGCAGCGUCUGCGUACGCAGCUGGAGAAGGCUCAGGGCAACAUGCACCCACAGGAGCUUGAACUGGAACGCCUCCGACCGCUCAAGAUAUGGCUGGGACAGAACCAGAGAGAGCAGCAGGUCAGCAGAAUGGUCCCUGCAGAGGAAAGGGAGGAACUGGUAUCCCAGAACACAUUAGAGCGAAGAGCCGGUCUUGAACGCCAAAGGCUUCUCAAUGGAGCUGCCAGACUCAACCAAGCGCUGCAAGCUAAAGAUCAAGUCAUUCGCUCUCUGGAGGACUGCCUGGCAGCGCAGGACUGUGCUGGUGUGGAAGUCCUCAGACAAGAUCUGGAGAAGACCGCAAUCAGGUUUUACUGCGCCGAAGCAAGCGAGGCUCAUCUUAGGGCUGAAUUGGCAUGUUUGAAAGAGAGACUGGAGAGAGUGAGCGGACAGAAGACCGAGGACCUGAGGAGCGUUAAGGCACAAUAUGAUUCCUCUGUUGCUGAAAUGAAAAAGGGAAAACACUGGCGUGUAAAGCAUACCCAAGUGACAUCCGUGUCGUCAUUCCUCUGGGUUCUACAGCUCCGAGAAGAGCUCCAGAGGGCCCGGCAGACUCACAGCGGUGAGGUGGAAGGAAUGAGGAAGGAGGUGUCUAAGCUGACCGCCGAGCUGCACCAACGUGACGUCACCAUCGCCACACUGAAAGCAUCCAGCAUCCCGCCGCAGCUCCGUGGCCAGGUGGAGCGAGCCGAACCGAAAGCAGCUGAGAUCAGAGAGCCUCUGUCAGUGUCGCCUGCAGAGAGCAUGGUCUCUCAUUUCCUGGAGGAAGAGAGAUUUCUGGCCAAGGAGCUGGUCCAGAGACUGGACACCCACAUCCAGGGUAUGAGAGAGAACACUGAUGACAUAGUGUCAAAGUACCUGCCAAGUGGCUCAGGGCCCGAGUCUGCCCAGACUUCAGCACAGAAUAGUUAGUGAUGGAGUAAGGUGGAAUAAAUCUGAAAAAUGUGCCUUGAACAGCAGUGUGGAGGACUGUGUGCUUGUUCUGAAUUAGAUUGCGGUGAAGAGAAUGACAUUUGUGGGGCAUUUGGUGUGUGCCUCAAAGGAAUGAAUUGAAUUGAAGACCUCUUUUCUUACUUUAACAGAGUUUGCACAAUUAAGUUCAGUAUGACAGCGCAGAGCUUUGAGUUCACCUGAGUGUUCAUAAGAACUGUCAAAGGGAGGGCUUGUACUUCAAAAGUUCCAGUGAGCUCUCAGGCCUGUAAAGUGCUGCGGCCCACUCCAUCCCCACAGCGUGGCCCAUGUUGUAUGAGGUUAUGCAUAUGACAUAAUAUUUGUCUUUCAUGGCUGAUGCUCAGAUAGCUGUCUGUGAUUUUUUCUUGUUCUGUUUAUCAUGUAUUUAUUUGAUAAAUAUUUAUUUUAUCUGUGUGGCGGCAGCUUUGAUGCGUUUUCACAUAAGGUAAAAAAAAAAACGUCCCUGGCACAUUAAGCUCAACUUGAAAAACUAGCAAAAGCUGAUUAAACGCUUUGCAUCACCUUAUGUCUUAUGCAGCUGAUGAGCAUACUGUCCCUGUCCUGUGCCUCCAUAAAAAAAUAAAAAAAAGCCCAGUAGUCUGCAUUUGUAAUCUGAAAAAACAUAACAGAAAGACAAACAAACCAGAUUACCAUUUGACUACACAUUGAAUUUGUUUAAAAGGUCUCAUUAUAUAAUGGGCUCAGAAUAGGAAUACAGAACAUGUCUGUCAAAACGCUACAGCUUCAGUGUUUUGCUUUGCUCUUUAGUGGCAUUGUUAGCUUUAAAGAAGUUACACACCAGGCCGAUUAUCGGUUAUGGGUUUGUUUUCUCCGGAAAUUCAAAGCCAGACGGUCAUGACGGCCGUUCAGAAUCUGAUCUCAUAUCGUACUAAA